UAUAAAGCCAAGAUUUUAUCUUCAUUUGCUCGCAUUCUUUUGCAAAGUUAACUUCACAUAAGUUCGUAGAUUAUUAUUGCGCUUUAAAAUGGGUGUUAAAUUUUUUUGUUUUGUACUUUUAUACAUUUACGCACCUUUAGCACGACAAUCGAAUGUAACAAAAACACUCCAUCUAGAAACUGGUGAUGAUGGUGUAUUUCCAUGUCAUCCAACUUUACCCGAACAGAAAGUCAAGCUACUUAUGAAUGGAGUGGAACUAGAACUCAAUGACCGACUAACUUACGAUCCAAAAAUAGGGUUUACAUUGAAACUCGUAACUUCUGCAGAUUCAGGACGAUACCAAUGUGUAAAUAAAGAAGGAACUGAAGAACUCGACUACUAUGUUGAUGUUAAUGAAAACUGCAAUGUUAUUGCUAUGAAAAAGCCAACGCGGAUCAGAUACUCAGUUAAACAUUUGGUAGAAGAUGGCCAGCUGAGAGUACAUUGUGCAGGUCUUGUACCUAUUUCCAGAGAGCUGCGACUUAUUCUAACUUACCCUUUUUCAAAGUUCGAUAAAUCUAGAAUUACUUUCAAGCCUAUUCCGAAGCUAAAAAUAACAGAAUGUCUAGAAAGAUCGACCAUUAAAUUCACAUUACACAAUUUCACGAAAAAUGAUGAGGGCCCUUAUAGGUGUUAUAUAGAAGAUAUAGUUUAUUCCUAUAUUUAUGUAACUAUGGAAGAUGCUAAGAAAGAGUACCAGAAGUUAAAAGCAGUUGAAAUUCAAGUGGAUCCAGUGGAUGCAAACAAUUUCUGAAGUUUUUUUUUUAAUUUCUUUGUAACCAAGAAAUUGAUUUAAUAAUAGAGCUUACGACUAAAAUUAUUUUAUGUAUGGAUUUGAAAUAUGGAUAAAUAAUCUAUUUGCAGAA